CAGCGCGCGUCUUCGCGACCCGCGACCGCCAUAUUGCAAAGUGACGCCAGCCAAGCAACAACCUCCAUCCAUCCCCCGGUCCACCAUGGAGUACAGCCUGCAAUCCGUGACGGAAUCGUUCGAAAAGUACCGCAACCUGCGCUUCCCGCUCAAGAUCUGGAUCCUGGUGAACGCAAACGGAAACGACUUCCUCCGCUGGAACGAAACCAAAUCCGUGGUCGUGGUGGACCGUGACGCGCUCGAGCGGUACCUCGGGACGGCCGGAUCGGUAUUUCGGUUCGCGAAGCUGUCCACGUUCUUCUGGCUGAUGGACUUUUACGGAUUCCGGCCGGUGAUGGAGGACGGCGAAGUAACCGCCGCGGACGACGACAAGCACGUGCUGCAGUACUGGAACGACGCGUUUACCAGCGAAAACAGAGCCUACUUUGAGCAGCUGCUGCGGAGUCGCCAACUGCGCGAGGUGGUCAACCAGAAGAACGGAAACUGCUCCGUGCACCAGCCGCGGAUCCUCGACAACCAAAAGCAAGUGCCAAAUGAGACGGAAGGACCACCCGGUGCGCAAUCCCAGCUGUCCUCGAGCAGCUUUGCCCACGAAAAGUUCAACCUGCUGAUGGAGAUGAAAUCGCUGCAGCUGUCCAUUCAGGAGGCGUACGGAAGUCUCAACAUCGAAGAGCACGGCAUGGUUCCGGUUAUCGAGGUGCCGGCAACGUACUGCGACGAACCGACCGAUUGCGUGCCCGACUACGUCAAGAAGCGCGUCCUCGCCGGAAACUACGGCUUCGUCGACCCGAACGACCUGAAGCGCUUUUUCGGCAACUACCGGCCGGUUUACGACGAUUCACCCGAAGCGAUCAACCCGGAAAAUUCGGACGAAGAACCGGAAGCAGUCAUCGAAGUGGCGACGGAAGAGCCGGAAAGCCCAAAACCGGUGGUCAACACGCUGGACACAUUCAACUACCAGGAAGAAGAGGAAGAGGACAAACAGUUUGAACCAGUGGAUCACAGCGAGCUGGCACCGUUGGACAGUCCGAUGGAGGUGGUCGGCAGCAGCGGUCAGCUGCUGGACGCCAAGAACGAGGAGAAUGUUCCGCUGCAGGAUGCGAAGCCGGAAGACGGGGAUGAGAAGAAGUUCCAGGAGGAGAGUCUCAACGAGGCACAGUUUCAACUGUGUGCAGAUAUUCGAGAGACGUUUGAGUUGCUUAAUGAAUUUUGAAAUUUUUGGGAUGUACUGAAUGAAUUGUACAUAAUUAUAUGAA